UGAAGAUGUCAUAUGAAGCUUUCUUUUCUUUCUCGUGCUUGAUUUAAAGAUGAAUGAUACUUGAUUGUGUACUUUAAGGGUAAAUAUUAAGCCGUUCACUAAACUACUGUAAAGUAUUGAAAACAAGUAUUUUAUUAUAUAAUGCGAUUUUUAAUAUACUUGCCAAUCUUGUUAUAUUUAGAGAAUAAUUUCGAUGAAGCUACUAUUUCAAGUUUAAAAAGGAUUCUAAACAUAAAAUAAUGAAGAAUGGUAGGACAAUUUCGACUCAUUCUAAAUUUAGAUUUAAUUUGAUUUAUUUUUCCAUUUUUCAGACAACUUUGGAUUGGAAUAAGUGUUUGGCUAAUUUUCAAUCUCCAUACAUUGGUAAUGAUUUGUCAUAGAACGAUAAAAUCAUAAGUUUAUAAACC